CGCCGAAAUGCCAAGGGUUCUAUUGGCAAGCAGCCGAAAUGGCAAACCCCUAAAAGCCAUAACGACGCGCUACGGAAUAGGGGGAGGAGAUUUAAUUUGAGCACCACAUGCAAAAAAUUUACCGCCGUGAACGAAAAUUUCAAGCUGAGUUACGCCAAACAAAUGUCCAACAGCAACAACAAUGGACACCAUUGCACAGUUUAUCCCAGCAACAACAACAUUCUUCUUCAGCUUUAAUAACUAGAAAUGUUCAACCUCUCCUUUCAUUAAGUCAAGCUUUAAAUUCUUCGGGACAACAACAUCCACCUUACUCUUUUAAUCAAUUUGUGCAACAAUUACAAGCAGGGAAUACUAGAAAAUUUUUUGACCGAAAUAAAUCUUUUGGUGGACGUGAUCAAGCAAUAGUACCACCACCAUUUAGAGGAGCACAAAACACAAAUCCUUACAAACCUCGAACAUGGUCUACAAGCAAUAGUGAUUGGUUAAAUAAACAACAAAAACUUGGAAAUAACGAGGGAGGUCAAUGGCAAGGAGUAGGGAGAAAUGUUGGAAUAAAAAGACAACAUCAACAACAGAGGUGGGUAGAUAAUGAUGGAGGAAUUGGCAUUAAAGGAGGUUCAACUAGUAGUAAAACAGUAAUGAGACGUAGUGGAAGUGAAUAUAACGUAAAUAAUAAUACACCAAUUGUUAUGUCAAAUAAUAAUGUUUUGCUUCAACAACAACAACAGCAAUUAUUUUUUGAUGAAAAAAGAGGAGAAGGUGAAAUGAUGGAGAAACAAUAUCAAAGACAGCAACAACAACAAAAUAAAUUUCAGCAACAUAGAAAGGUUAAACCUCCAUUCGCUUCGUCCAACCGUCCAACGCGACCAACCUCAAUUCGUUUCCCUGAAGCUAACAACGUGUUAACAGAAAAAGAAUUUGGUGUUGUUAUUGACCAACAUAAUUUUUCAAACUUGAAAGGAUUAAAUAAAAUUGAUGAACAACAACAACCAUCAAGUUAUAAUUUUGAAGAACAUGUAGAAGAAUUUCCAGCAUUAAGUUUAAGUCAAACAAAUAGUCGUAAAGCAAGUGAAUGUCAUUCAGAACAACCAUCACCAUCUUCACCAAAAUUGUUAUUAGACCAGCAACAAGCUUCAUUAUUUUCAAUUAAACAACCAUUUUCUGUUGUUGUAGCGGGAGGUGGAGGAGGAGGAAAUGGAGGAAGACCAAGAAGAGCAACAAUUGGAACAUCUACAGCUACGUGUACAACACCUUCGGGGAAUGGUCGAAAAAUGAAUAAUAAUGUUGAAAAUGUUUAUUUAACUGUUGGAGGAGGAGAACAAGCAACACGAACUCCUAGAAGUGAUACAAUAAGUUGUGGAAGUGGAGGAGGAGGGCAACAAGAACACCAAAUAUUAGGUCAACAAAGACGAAGUUAUGCACAGGCUAUGUUAAAAAGAAAUGGUAGUGGUGUUGGUGGUUCUGUUGUUACUGGUGGAGAAGAAGAAAGAUCCGCUAAAGACAGAAAGAAUUCUACAUGUAAGGAAGGCAUUGAAAACAACAACAAUCAGGAUGAUAACAACUCCAAUUUUCCACCAAUUCCAUCUUUAGGCACUGAAGUUUGA